CCCGUGGAGGAAAGAACCUACGCCCUGACGUCUUGUCAUCUCAUCAUCAACCAGAUUUAUCUACCUUCUCCCGGAAGUCGAGAUAAAACAGGGCAUAAAUUGCACUUGUGCUUUAGUAAACAGAGGUCGCUCAACCGCUCACCGUGGCGUUUUCGGCCCAAAGAAAGCGCGCCCCGGCAGCUCUGCUGCAUCUCACCCUCUCUCCUGCCCCCGGUGCAGGUGUUGCAGAACGACGCAGUUCGACCGAUAAAAGCGAGGAGAAAGUGUGAAACACUGCUGCGUCUCUCUCUCUCCUCUUCAUUUGCCAACCGCAAGUAUUGACACGGUGCCUGCGUUCUGCUGCUGCAGCAGAUGACGACUUCAUCGCUGCGACAGCAAGCCCAUAUGGGAAGAGAGAGACACGAGAGUUAUGAAGGUCGGAGCUGCAGGGGGGUACGGUUUGCGGCAUGGCUCGCUUUUGACUCGUUUUCUUUUGGAAAGGCUGAUGAAUGACUAUAGAAUAACCUUAUAGAAAUUAGAGAAGAAGAGUUGGAAAGGGCAAAAGAAAGUUUUUUUUUUUCUGUAUCUUGUUUUCUUCUCCUCUCGCUCUCCCGCGCUGGCCUUCUUCAGGCCUUUACGCGUCGCUUGGCAAUUCCUGUAAUCUUAUUUGCUACUUGCUUCCUUGGGUAAUACGCAUCGCGCAGCUUUGAAUAGCCAUCUCUGGGUGGCGAGUGAAUGGGGAUCGAUUUGAACACGAUCGAGGGGGACGAGGAAGAGGAGCCGGAGCAAACGGCCCACUAUGCUCCUCCGUUGCUCCCGGCGCCCGAGGCGGAAGAGACGCCGAUGUGCCUGGAGUUGUGGCACGCGUGUGCCGGGCCACGGAUAUGGUUGCCAAAGAAGGGGAGCCGAGUGGUAUACUUGCCGCAAGGCCACAUCGAGCAGCUGGAAAACCUAGACGGCGGCGGAGGCGGAGGCAGGAUCUGCGGUGGAAACUUGCCGCCUCAUAUCUUUUGCCGCGUGGUCGGCCUCAAGCUCCAUGCCGAUAGCGAUACAGACGAGGUCUAUGCCCAGCUAUGUCUCGUUGCGGAGAGUGAGGAUUUUGAACAAAGAUUGAAGAAGGGUCUGGUUGAGGAUAAUGAGGUAGAACAGAAUGUGGAAUUUGGGAGCAGACCCUCUAUUCCCCACAUGUUCUGCAAGACGCUCACUGCCUCUGACACUAGCACUCAUGGAGGGUUCUCUGUACCACGGCGAGCUGCUGAAGACUGUUUCCCUCCCUUGGAUUAUAAGUUGCAGAGGCCUUCCCAAGAACUUGUUGCCAAAGAUGUGCAUGGUACGGAGUGGAGGUUCCGGCAUAUUUACAGAGGUCAACCCCGUAGGCAUCUUCUUACAACUGGAUGGAGUGCCUUCGUGAAUAGGAAAAAGCUCAUCUUGGGGGAUGCAGUGUUGUUUCUUCGUGGUAAUGAUGGAGUGCUCAGAUUGGGUGUCAGAAGAGCAACCCAAUCCAAAAGCAGCAUUAAUGCUUUAGCACAUAUCAGUAGGAACUUGAAUCUAGCUACCCUUGCAGUCGUUGCUGAUAGUGUCCCCGCAAGGAAAAUCUUCCACAUCUACUAUGAUCCAAGGGGAAGUUCAUCAGGUUUCAUAGUUCCAUAUUGGGCAUUUGCGAAAAGCUUCAACAAUCUUAUUUCUGUAGGAAUGAGAUUUAGAAUGAUUUGUGAAAGUGAAGAAGCUAGAGAUAGAAGGUCUACGGGACUGAUAACUGGGAUCAAUGAAGUCGACCCUGUAAGGUGGCCUGGUUCCAAGUGGAGGUGUUUGUCGGUAAGUUGGGAUGAUGAUGGAGAAGUUGGCCAACGCAGUAGGGUAUCUCCAUGGGAAAUUGAACAAACUGGUUCAGUUCUAGGUUCCAUCAGCCUGUUAACGGCAGGCUCCAAAAGGGCCAAAAUCGGUCUUCACCUUCCCAGUAUGGAUUAUCGGGUUCCAAAAGGAAAUGGGUGUCUAGACUCUAGGAAAUAUGCAAGUUUCCACAAGGUCUUGCAAGGUCAAGAAUUUACAGAUAACAGAACUCUCAAUCAUACUGGUGCGAUAACUCCUAGUGCUGAGGUUGGAGUUGCUCAAUACGCAGAGGAAGAUGCAUGUACAGCUGCUGCAAACAGCUCUAAGAUAAGUGCAUCUGCACCAAGAGGAAUCUUCAGAAUGCCACUUGGGAAUUCUGAGUAUCCUUUUGUUUGCACAGGCUUUAAUGAACCUAUUGGGUUCCAAAAGGUCUUGCAAGGUCAAGAAAUUUUCUCACAAGCUCCUCGCCUCCUUGGAGUUCCAACUGGUUCUCAUCUGAGGGACGGAGCCUACUGCACGUUUGAUGGUGCUCUUACAUAUCACAGUCAGAGCAAAUUACCUGAUGCAUCUGCCCGAUAUGUUACUAUUGGUCAACAUUCUUUACCAACAGUUCAAGCAUCUUCUCCAUCAUCUGUGCUUAUGUUUCAAGAAAGAAAGUCCAAGAAUUCAUUGGUGAAAUCUGCACCUAGCAUGAAAUGUCAAGAUAGUGGUAGUGAUGGCAUCUACUUUGCCAAGCCAAAUGGCUCAGAUAGCUUCCAUAGAGAUGCAAACUUUCUGUUUUGGCCUCAAAGUAUGAGUUUUCCUUUUGACAACCAGCAGCAUCAAGUGGUAAAAGUUGAUGCACCGCUAUCAAAUUGCAAGCUGGGUUUGGGGACUGAGCAGAUAGCCAACCCGAAUGGUUGCAAGCUAUUUGGUUUUUCCUUGACUGACACGAUUCCGUAGCUAAUGUAGUUGAUAAAGACCAACCAGCCUCACCGUCUACUCAUUCAAGUUUGAUGCCUCAAAUUCCUGUGAAAACUUUUGUGUGGCAGUCAUACUUGAUUAAGCACUAUGCUGAAUAUGUUGUUCCAUUUUAGGGCUUUGAUUUCUCGAGGUAAUCUCAGUGUUGUAAGAAGUUAUAUCUGGUAGUUGCAUUUUGAAACUGGCAUCCGACUUAAUUCCACAAAGAAUCUUCCGAUA